CGCGCCCGAGAACAUGCAGCAAAUACCCGGUACGCCAAGCUUCCACAACGGCGCCAUUGUCCAGCUGGGUAUGUGGGGUAGCGUAGGCAGCGCGUCCGCCUGCUGCAACGCCUGCUUCCUGAAUAGCAAUUGCGUGUACUACUCUACGGAUGCUACGGCCAACACGUGCUGGGUCUACUUCACCUCGCCUUCGAGUCCGCAGGAGAGUUGUACGACAACUAGCUGUAGCCGUGGGGUGCACGAUUGGGAUCCGACUACCAGCACUGAUGGGAAGACUUAUUACCAGGGAAAUUGUAUGGCUUGAGGUUUCAAAUGGAGGUGGAAGGUCCGGACGGC